AUGCUGCGCAAGCUCCUCCUGGCGCUGGCCACAAUCACAUGGAUCGGCGCGGGGGCAGUCCCAGCAUCGCAAACACAAUUCGGCCCCGCUCUGUCGCAAGUCUAUCAAACCACCGAUCGACUCCCCUACCCCAACCUGGGCCACAUCGUCGCGCACGACCCCAACAUCAUUCAGCACGAGAGCUACUACUACCUCCUCAAAGGUGGCCACCACGUCCCCAUCUUCAAAUCCAGUAGUCUCAGCGGGCCCUGGGAGAAGAUCGGCACCGUCUUGGACCAGGAUAGCGUGAUCAAUGUCGGGAACCGAUCGCGGCCAUGGGCGCCCACGACGGUCUACAAGAACGGGACCUUCUAUUGCUACUACACGCUCAGCACACAUGGGAAGCGCGAUAGUGCGAUUGGAGUUGCGACGACGACGAAGUUGGACGGCAGUCCGUGGACGGACCAUGGGGCGGUGAUUCGGACGGGAAAGGGGAAGGGGUCGGCUAUGUUUCCCUUUACCAUCACCAAUGCCAUUGAUGCGUCGUUUAUCACGGAUCAGGAGACGGGCCAGUCUUAUUUGAAUUGGGGGAGUUUCUGGCAUGAUAUUUGGCAGGUUCCACUGUCGGAUGAUCUGUUGUCUAUUCAAAGCCCCAAGAAUCCGGAUGCGGUGCAAUUGAGCUAUAUUCCGAACGAAAAGGUCAAACCACAGGAGGGCUCGUGGAUGAGUUAUCAUGACGGGUAUUACUAUACCUGGUUCAGCCAAGGCAAGUGCUGCAAGUUUGGCACGGAUCGCGGCGGAUUCCCCAAUCGUGGAGAGGAGUAUAGCAUCCGCGUGGGACGAGCGACGAAUGUUCGGGGCCCUUUUGUUGAUAAGGAGGGCCAUCAAUUGUUGGAUGGCGGUGGUACCACGGUGUAUGGGUCGAACCAUGGCAUUGUUUACGCUCCGGGUGGAUUGGGCGUGUUGCCCGGGAAUGAUUCGACACCGGAUAUCCUCUACUACCACUAUCUCAACACGAGUAUUGGUUUUGACGAUAAUGAUGCCCAUCUAGGCUGGAACUACCUGAAGUAUGAAAACGGAUGGCCUGAGGUGGUGAGCGACAGUGCUGCAGUCAUCUUGGGUGUACCCAGCUGGCUAUUUCUGACGACCCUGACAUCAGAUCCCUACCUCGCAUUGAUUCCCAUUUGA